GUGGGGCUGCUCCUCUUCUUCUACCCCUGGAAGUGCUGAGAGCUGCUGGCUCAUUUCACCUCCGCCUCGGAGCAGCUCGGUCCUCCGUCAUUUCAGGUCAGGGGGUGUUUAGUUAUCUCUCUCCCUCCAUUUUUUUUAUCUAAAAGUAGUGCCAACGGUUUUAUUCCUCCGCCUCGCCGGGAGGAGGACCACGCCAUUCCGGUGAAGAGUGAACUUUAAACCCUCUUCCUCACAGCUGCUACUCUGGAGACGGCGAACACCGAGGCUUCACCGGUCCAGCAUCUUUUCAUCUUCAUCCUUAGAUAAUUAUUUUUUUUAGAGGGGGGAGAAGUUAUCGUCGACUUCAGUGAAGUUUUUUUUGUGUUUUUUCAUUGGCAUCAUGACGCGGAGAUCCUGUGCCAUUUACGCCACCGGCAUCGUCUGCGCUCACCUCCUGAUAGUGGGGAUCGCCCUGGUGGUGGCUCAAGUCUUCCAAACGAUGAUCCACAGCCGGUUAAAACAGGAACUUACAUUGACGGAGAAGAGUAGAGUUUUUGAGUCAUGGAAGAAUCCUCCUCCUCCUGUUUACAUGGAGUAUUACUUCUUCAAUAUCACCAAUCCCGAGGUGUUCCUGGCAGGAGGGAAGGCAUCUGUCAAACAGAUUGGCCCGUAUACGUACAGGGAGUACAGGCCACGAGAAAAUGUAACUUUUGUGGAGAACGGGACCAAAGUUUAUGCCCUGAACCCCAAAACUUUUGUCUUUGUGCCCGAGAAAUCCGCCGGCGACCCCAAGGUCGACAUCGUCAGAACCAUCAACAUUCCACUUGUGGCGGUCAUGAACGAGCUGAACUCCUACUCCUUCUUCCUUCGAAGCAUGGUCUCCCUGUACCUGAGCGGCAUUGGCGUAGACCUUUUCAUGACCCGCACUGUCGACGAGAUUCUGUGGGGCUUCAAAGACCCGCUCAUGACAAAGAUUCACUCCAUGAAACCUGAAGUGGAUGAAUACUUCGGGCUGAUGUGGAAGAAAAACGGCACUCAUGAAGGAGAGUUUGUUUUCCACACCGGUGAGCAGAACUACCUGGAUUAUGGGAAGAUCGACACGUGGAAUGGCCUCAGGAAAAUGUCGUGGUGGUCUUCAAAUCAGAGCAACAUGAUCAACGGGACGGACGGCGCGGUCUUCCACCCGCUGAUCAACAGGAACGAGCUGCUAUACAUCUUUGCUGCAGAUCUCUGCCGAUCUAUUCAUUUGGCGUAUGUGAAGGAUGUGGAGGUGAAGGGAAUCCAGGCAUACCGCUUCGCGCCCCCCAAUGACGUCCUCAUGAACCCCAAAGACAACCCCACCAAUGCUGGCUUCUGUGUGCCGGCGGGAGACUGCCUCGGCACCGGCGUGCUUAAAGUCAGCGUUUGUCGAGAUGGCGCUCCCAUCGUCGUGUCCUUCCCCCACUUUUAUCAGGCGGACCCUGCGUACAUUAAUGCUGUCGACGGGCUCAACCCCAACGAGGAAGAGCAUGAGACGUACCUGGACCUGCAGCCGACCACAGGGGUUCCCAUUCGUGCCUGUAAGAGAGCUCAGCUCAAUGUCAUUCUGAAGAGAGUCCCAGGCUUCCCCAAAACGAAGCACAUCAACGAAACCAUUUUCCCCAUCAUGUUCGUCAAUGAGACCGCAACUAUUGAUGAUGAGUCGGCAGUACAGAUGAGGCAGCUGCUGCUCAUCGUGACUGUUGUGUCCAACUUCCCCUUGCUUAUAGUGGGAAUGGGCAUCAUCCUGCUACUGGUGCUCGUCGUCUUGUUCUGCCGAAACCGCCAGAAGAAGAAUGAAGUAAAACGUAUUGAUUUUAAUGAAGCUUUUCAUUCUUUUGCUACGGCGAAAGACGACACGGCUUACACGCCGGUCAGCGACAAACCAGACGACUCGACGGAAAAGGCAGCCAACCAGCCGACGAAGAACGGCUCCUAUAUCGCCAUGUCUCCAGUGGAGGCCCAGAAGUGUUGAUUGAUGGUUCCACACCCCUUCCCCAAGCGUGGCGAUCAGGAAGGGGGUCGAGGGAGCAGCACGGGGGUGUUGAGUUACCACGGGUGGGGAAAACAGGGACACAAACCCCAGUGAUUCAGUCAACAGACAUUGAUCCUCUUCUGUCUAUUCUCCUCCACUCUACCCGCUGAGCAUGGCUGUCACUGCCUGCGGCACUGCAACACCACCAACCUCCCAAUCUUAAAAAACCCCACCACGUCUAUCCUGGUUGGCCUAUAAAGAGGACUUCAGUGGGGGGGAGGUGGUGCUCAGCCAGGAAAAAGCCUUUUCCAUAAUUCUUCUGUGGGAACAAACUUGUAGGUGUUGCUGUUGCACACGAAUGUGCGAGCUUCUGAGCGGACCCCGACAAACUUCAGAGUGUUUAGCGUUGAAACGAACAACAACUAGGGAGGUGUUUAACUUCUGUCCUUCUUUCUGUCCACGUUAAAGCGAGGAGAAACCUUUUGAGCCUUCAGAUUACAAAGCCCUUGUGAAGCAGAUCUUUACGACAAACAUCUGAGAUCUAGGGUCGGAUAUAUACAUUUUAAAAAAGGGUUUUGCUAAUUAAAAUUAACUUAGCAUAUUUUGUGAAGCGAACAGGAAACAAAACAAACUGAGCCACACCAAAAGAAUUAGCCUUUAUUUUUUUUUCUUAAGACAGGUCUGUGCACCCAGAUGUUCACACCUCUCUUCCACUAAACUGUGCGCCGUUAUUUCACACCUUUAAUAGCCUGUUUUUUUGGGUUUAUCUUUGUUUUUAUAAUCGAGUUGUUUUCGUCCCAAGUAGGCACUGUGUAGGAUUUAAAACUGAAAUACUUGUGAUUUUAACCCUUUCCUUCCCUAAAACGCUAGUUGAAAAUGUUCAUAGAUCUAGGCUAUGUUUUAUUUAUCAGGGCUAGAAUAAAGAAUGGAUAAUAUUUAGGUUUCGUCACAUUUCCAGCAAAAAGAAGGAAGAAAGAACAAAAAAAAA